AUGAAGCUGCAAAUUGCCCUCUCUGCCGCGCUCCUCGGACUUGGAGUUAUCGCAGCUCCCGCCGAGAACAAUAACAACAAUAACAACAACAACAAUAACAAUAAUAACAACAACAACAACAACCAGCAGCAGAAUACGCAGACUUAUGUUCAAGUCCUGCUGGAACAGCCCCAGAAUUGGGUUGCUGGCGCUCGGCUAUUCCCAAGCAACGUGAUUGCCGGCUACAAUGGCGAUCUUUGUGACUACACCGCCGAGGCUUGGGCGCAAUUUGUGCAAACCAAGUGCAAGACCUUUGCACAGUGCACGUCCUCUCUGUCAUUCUCAGCUAAUCAGCCUGUUGUGGCGACUCUUACAGGCAUCAGCUCUGGCUCCCCAAGGACCAGGCAGUGGUUCGGAUAUGUGUUCCAGGGAGGUGCCACCACUCAGGCGGACUACGUCCGGCUCGAGGACGUGGCGAACUCCGUGGCCUAUAGCAUUGCGGGCCAGUAG